UUUCUGUUCCUUUUUUGCCUCCUCCGUGUAUCUCCCUUUCCCCAAUGGAUAGCUUCCUGUUUCUCCUUCUUUUGGAGGAAUGCCUCUCUUCCUUCCCCCCUCCCCUUUCUGCUAUGCAGAUCUCUCUGCCUCCCUCCUUCCCUUAGAUUCCCCUCCCUGGCUGUCCUCUGCCGCUGUUUGUGAAUGAGACUCAGUUUCUGAAUGGAGUUGCUGGGGGCUCUGGCUGGCUCACCAGGGGAAGCGGUAUUGGCCAUGAGAAGGGGAGGGGGACGGGUUUUCUUUGCUUCCUUCCUCCCUCUCUGCUGCUUUUGAGGAAUAAGGACUGCGAGACAGACAAGCGAGAGAUGGAGGCUGCAGGAAAGAGCUUCGUUCUCUAAAAGGAAAAUACAAACGAAGAGAGGGAAUUGAUGGUCUCAUGCUAACUAUAGUCAGGAAGCAACAGCAGGGGGAUCUUGCAAAGGCAGAGAAGAAAAACCCAGGCGGAUUGAGGCACAGUCUGGAGAGAUUGCAAGCAGAUUUUGUGGGGGGAAUGAAACUUCCAGAGCAGCUGGGUUUUUUACCCCCCUCUUGUGUGUGCAAUUUUCUGUAACCUGCAAAAGCUCUUAUGAAACCGAGGAAGAAGUAAAAGAGCCUGAGGUUUGAAAAGAAACCAAAAGAAUCGUUGCAAUUUAAAAGGGAACAAAACCGAACUUUAACUUAUUUUUUCUUUCAAGUUGCAUCAGCUUUUCGAGGGAAGGGAUCACUGCAUUAAUCUUUCUCCCUCCAAGUGUGUAGCUAAUCUACAAGAGAGACUAAUGGGUGCUCCCUGGGAGCUCAGGAGCAGCGUCCCCAGCUGAGCGGGGUGUUUGAGGGGCCCCUGGCUGGGAGGGUGGCCAGCUGCCCUCUCCGGGGUGUUGGCUGGGGGACAGGGGGCCGGUUUGCUGCUUUUGAGUCAGACUGGUCGAUGUUUGAAAGCCCUGGUUUAAAAACUCCAAAGGAGCAGCCGCCGCCUCCUCCUCAGCAGUUUGCAAGCAGGAGGAGCUGCGGCAGCAGGAUGGCCGCAGAGCUGAGCCCGGAGGAGGAGCAGGUAGUAUCGCAGAAUUAUAAUAGAAGACUCCAUAUGCAUGAUCGAGAUCGCUUGCUCCAGGCCACGAAGCAGUUCCUAGAGGAGAUUAACAAGUGGACUGUGCAGUACAAUGUAUCUCCGCUUUCCUGGAAUGUGGCCGUCAAGUUCCUCAUGGCUAGGAAGUUUGAUGUCCUCCGAGCGAUCGAGCUGUUCCACUCCUACAGGGAAACCCGGCUGAAGGAAGGAAUUGUGAAGCUGAAACCUCACGAAGAACCUCUGCGCUCUGAGCUGCUCAGUGGGAAGUUCACCAUCCUAAGCGUGCGGGACCCCUCCGGAGCCUCUAUUGCCCUCUUCACUGCCAAGUUACAUCAUCCCAAUAAAAGUGUCCAACAUGUGGUGCUCCAGGCGCUGUUCUAUCUACUGGACAGAGCUGUGGAGAGCUUCGAAACGCAGAGAAACGGUCUGGUUUUCAUCUAUGACAUGGCAGGCUCCCACUAUACCAACUUCGAGCUGGACCUGAGCAAGAAAAUCCUCAACCUGCUGAAGGGAGCCUUCCCGGCUCGUCUCAAAAAGGUGUUUAUUGUGGGUGCCCCGAUGUGGUUCCGAGUCCCCUACUCCAUCAUCAGCCUCCUGCUGAAAGAGAAGCUCCGAGAGAGGGUUCAGAUGGUGAAGAUGUCAGAGCUGAAGGAACACCUGCCCCGGGAAUGUCUCCCCGAAUACCUAGGGGGAUCCCUCAAGCUGGACCCUCUCAGCUGGAACUGCCGGUUCCUCCCCCAGCAGAAUGGCCACCCAGAUCCGUUGGAUGAGCUGAUCCUGGUACCACUGGUUUCACCGCGAGAUAAUGGCUCGGUGCAUGUUCCAGGACCAAAGUGCAUGACUGUCCAUCAACUGAUGGACCAUGUGAACCAAAAGCAGAAGCGGGGAAUCUACGAGGAGUACGAAGACAUCCGGCGCAGGAGUCCUGCAGGGACCUUCAUCUGCUCCCUGGCUCCGUAUAACCAGGAGAAGAACCGAUAUGGGGACGUGCCGUGCCUGGACCAAACUCGAGUGAAGCUGACCAAGCAGUACAGCCGCUCGGAGCUGACAGACUACAUCAAUGCCAGCUUCAUGGAUGGCUAUAAACAAAGGAAUGCUUACAUUGGUACUCAAGGACCUCUGGAAAACACGUAUUGCGACUUCUGGCGCAUGGUGUGGGAGCAAAACGUUCUGGUGAUUGUCAUGACAACCAGGCUUGAGGAGGGAGGCAGGAGGAAGUGUGGCCAGUACUGGCCAUUGGAGAAAGACUUCCAGGUGUGCUACGGAUCCCUCACUGUCACCAACCUUGGGGUGGAGAACCUGAACCAUUACAAGAAAACCCUUCUGGAGAUCUAUAACACUGAGCACAGAGAGAGGCGUCUGGUGUCCCAUUUCCAGUACUUGAGUUGGCCGGAUUAUGGCGUCCCUUCUUCAGCUGCCACUCUGAUCGACUUCCUGGGGGCAGUCAAGCAGCAGCAGAGGUUGGCGGCCAGUGCCCUGGGGCCUCGCUUCAAAGGUCACGCAGGAGGACCGCCUAUGGUGGUCCAUUGCAGCGCUGGCAUCGGCAGGACAGGUACCUUCUGCGCGCUGGACAUCUGCCUCUCUCAGCUGCAGGACACGGGCACGCUGAACGUGUACCAGACGGUGAUGCGGAUGAGAACGCAGAGAGCCUUCAGCAUCCAGACCCCCGAGCAGUACUAUUUCUGUUACACGGCCAUCAUUGAGCAUGUGCAGAGAGAGGGCCUGCUUCCCUCCACUCCCACGCGGGCAGGCCAGGAGAAGAGCUAAUGGGGACACAACCCAACCCGAUGGCAGGGACUGGCUCUCCUGUCAGUCACGACCAGCUCGCCUUCCUCAUGACCAGUCCGGAUUCAGCAGAGCCUUCAGUAACCAAACUCCUUUGUCAUAGGGCUCUAACCCUUCCUUGGCUAGCUGGUUCUGAUGAAUCACAGCUAGUAGCCACUGACUAGCGACUCAUGGUCUUAACUAUUACCACCUGCUGUUGAACUGUGCCUUAUUCAAACCAAAUUGUGGCUGCCACUUGCCAGAGGUAACUAGAGAUAAGUGGGAAGAGGAUCUGCUCCUCAGUAUGAUUUUGUUUUUGUGGGACCACCUGAAAUCCACCUGGAGGACUUGACUUAAAUAAAUAGCCAUUUCCAGUACCACCCAAGCCUUGGGCUUAGAAAAGGCACAUACGUCAGUCUUACCUGCCACUAGGUGUGUGUGUCUGUCUGUAUGUAUGUGUGUAUAUAAUAUAUACUCCAUGUGUUCAAGUCUAGCCUACGUAAGUAUUAUAUAGAUACAUAUAUACACGCACCUGGUUCUGGCUGCUCCUGGGGCUCAGUGCUGUAAUGUUGUCUCACUGCUGUGAUCUCUCGAGUGGAGAAUUAUAGCCUUGCAUUGUUAAUGGCGCUGUGAUGUUACUGGCUCUGUUUUGUUUUGUUUUCUUUUCACUCCUCUGCUGCAGCUGUAGAAGAUGCACACUCGCUAGUACACAUACACGUCAGUGCAUGGACCGCGGCGGGUGUUGUGCUGAUACAUUCCUGUUGGAUCAGAGUGGUGCGGAGAAGCUGCGCGAGGCCCAGCUAGAUCCGAGCACAUGCUACAUCCCCAUGCUGGGGUGCCGUGCAGGGGUUACACAGUCUUACCUGUCUUUUAUUUGGAGGAGGGGUCCCGGGGCCCAUCUUUUCCCUUGAGUGAGGAGUUGCAGAUCUUCACUGUGAUGAGGGGACCCUUCCUUCCCAGGCUGGAGAUGACUCACCUGCUCACUAGGGGGCAGCGACGGGCGGCAGUAGGUACGAAGUGUUGCAGGGCAGAGGGCUAUGAAGUGCUGUCAGAGGAACUGGGCUUUAUCAAGGAAAUCUGAACUCAACUGAUGGUGUUAACUUACUUCUGCGCUAGAAGUUGUGCUUUUCCAGGGAAUCCCCUCCUGCCAAUCUCUGCCAGGCAGACAUCAUCGGGAUGAGCUGCGGCUGCCAAGUGCCAAGCCAAAACCACCUGAAGGUAUAGAAGCCAAAAACCUGGAGCUGCUGCUUACCCCUUCCUUCCUGCCCCGGCGGUGCCCGGCCUGCCAUUCAAUGCACAGACUGUGCAACCCCAGCCCUCCCAAGUGCUGCUGAGCUAUCUGACCAUCACGUCCCUCCUUCCCCGCCCAGGGAGGUGAGGUUGGCAGCUGAACAGACCCUCGGUAUCUUUAUACUGUAAUAAGCUCUCUGAAUGUACAUUCUUAUUUUUACAACCUUUUUGGUUUUGUAUUUAACGUUCACUUGAUCGAGCCAGAGCUGGAGAUCAUUGUAAAUGUUCCUAUGCGCUGUCGCAUGGCGAGACGGUUUUUGUAUUUACGUAUAAAUAUACCUACAGACGAUC